AAAGAAGAAGAAGAAGAAGAAGAAGAAGAAGAUGAUAAUGAUGAUGAUGAUGAAGCAGAAGGAGAGAGAGAGAGAGAGAGAGAGAGAGAGAGAGAGAGAGAGAGAGAGAGAGAGAGAGGAAAACAUUCGCUAAUCGCUAUUAUGACGAUUAAAUCCGUUGAAUCAUAA